CCCCCCUCCCGAUCAGCAGGUGAUAAUGUGUAGUAGAGUUCUCGCAAGUGGACCAGCACCAGACUGACUCGAGUCCGGCGACCGGAUACGUGUUUGGGGUUUUUGAAGUUGUCUGUUUCCGGGUUCUACCAUGGCGCCGUCUAUCUCUCGACUGUGCCGCAGUGUGGCUCUCUCGACGUGGCUCGUCUCCUCCCUGUGCUCCGUACACCUGUUGUGCUUGGACUUCACCGUGGCCGAGAAGGAAGAGUGGUACACGGCCUUCGUCAACAUCACCUACCUGGACCCGCUUACCGCGAGGCCGCGGAGCGACAAGAGCGAAUGCGGCCGCUACGGCGAGCACUCGCCCAAGAGGGAAGCCCGGGGGCUGGUCCUGGCGCCGUCUCUGCCGCAGGAGCGACAGAUGUGCGAGCCGGCCACCCGCUUUCCGCCGGCGUCGCGCUCCGCCGCCGCGUGGGUGGCGCUGGUGGCUGCGGGGAACUGCACUUACCGUGAGAAGAUCCGGAACGCGGCCGACCACAACGCCUCGGCCGUGGUCGUGUACAAUGUGGGCUCCAGUGGUACCAACGACACCAUCACCAUGCCCCACUCUGGUACAGGCGACAUAGUGGCCAUCAUGAUCCCGGAGCAUAAAGGUCGGGAGAUCAUGGCACUGCUGGAGCAGAACGUCGCAGUCACAUUGCACAUCACUGUAGGGACGCGCAACCUGCAGAAGUAUGUGAGCAGAACAUCGGUCGUGUUUGUCUCCAUCUCCUUCAUCAUUCUCAUGAUAAUCUCCCUCGCCUGGCUUGUCUUCUACUAUAUCCAGAGAUUCCGCUAUGCUAAUGUCCGAGACCGCAACCAGAGACGCUUGGGGGACGCUGCCAAAAAAGCCAUCAGCAAGCUUCCAGUACGCACCAUUAAGAAAGGAGACAAGGAGACCGAGCGUGACUUUGACAGCUGUGCCGUGUGCAUCGAGGCCUACAAGCCUAAUGAUGUUGUCAGGGUGUUACCGUGCAGGCAUGUGUUCCAUAAGCACUGCGUGGACCCCUGGCUACAUGAUCACCAGACGUGUCCCAUGUGUAAAAUGAAUAUACUCAAAGCCUUGGGAAUCUCUCUCAAUGCAGACUGCUCUGACGAGUCGCCGCCGGACUACGAGAUGUCGCUGGGGGGUCCGUCCGCCAGCGAAAUCACCAUCAACGAAAGCUCCGUGGCACUGGAGCUGGCCGAGAGGCCGACGGAUCCGACCCGGCUCAGUCCGAACGUGGAGUUGGCGCCGCAGGCGGAGGAGAACUACAUAAUUUCCAGCAGUGAGCACCAGUUGCCACUCAGCAGUGAUUCUGAUUCUUCACUUAACUUGGUAAGCGGGUCGCAAGUGGACCGUGUCGGAUCCAGAACCGGCGUGGGACAGAGUAUUCGGGAAAAGGAGGACGAGCAGGACCCAGGCCGAAGCACAUGAUUCUAAGGACCAAGGUUUUGCCACGUCAAGACGCUCCAAAAAUAUCACGCUCUGUCUCCAUCUGCUUGAUAGCUUUGUGCAUCUAUGGACAUUGUCCAUAUCGAGACACCCAGACAUCACCCACACUUUUUGUCACACCUGCUGGGUAUGUGGUUGUUUCAACACGCACACGUUUGUAACCCGGGAAAGGGUUAGCACCCACUUUUUCCUGCUGUCAUUGCACGACGAGCGGUACGCUACGCCAUCAAUACCCACACUUUUCAUCAUACCCGCGGGGCAUAUGGUUGUUUCAACACCCACACUUUUCCCGGUGAAAGGUUUGCAGUAAAGACUGUGGAAAUUGUUGCUUUUCCGAGCCACUAAAAAGACGAGAACGGGCUCUUCCAUCCGGUAUGAAGCGUUUAAUGAUCCAGAAAUAUGUUCUGUUCAGAUCACUGACAGUUUUUUUUAUAUAUAUAUUUGGAUUGGCUCCCCAUCUCGCCUACGCAUGCCAACUCAGCCUCUCGUACAGACAAUUGUCAUUUUUCGCACAAGUGAUGUCAACCUUGAGGGUCAGGAGGAGAAACCACUCCACACGGCAGUCGGACCUCGCAAACAUGUCGUCUUCAAGUCCUCGCCAAGUGUAUCCGUCGUGCUCACAAGGGAAAUAUAAGGGGACCAAUCAAAGGAUGCCCUCCGUACACUGUUUACUGUUGCCAAGUAGAAAAUGCUGCAUCAAAUAUGGACGAUCUAUCAGUCCAAAUGUGGGUAUUGAUAUUUAGAAAUGUUCUUUCAUAUGGGUCGGAUGUGUUUAUAGUCAACUGCAGAGAGUAGCAGGAAUAUUUAGGACCUGAGCAUCUGGUGCGAAGGCUCUCUCGAAAUUACUUCGUUGUUACGAUUCUUAGGCCAGAAAAAAGUUAAGUGAGAGCUUUCCAAUCCUCAAAAAUUCACCAAACUUUUAGGCAUGUUCAUCUUAGAAUAAACAUUGUUUGGUUGAUAGGAAUUGGAUUUGAUUGUUUUUUUAUUUUGACCCCGAAGCCAGUUUUACUUUGCCGCAUGAAAUUUGGUAGGCAUGUCUAUGAUGGGUGGACUCACCAAAAAGUCAAGAACCCAUGCCGUAACACAAACAGGAAGUCUGCAAUUUUGGUUUGAAGUGACCAUUUUAGGGCCCUCUUGGCCAUUUUCGGGGAUCCUCAAAAGAUGGACUUGUGGUCCGAGAGAUUUUGCACAAUUGCUACCAGAAUUAAACCUUUUAAAAUUGCUUAGAACUGCCUAUAUUAAUAGUUUGACCCAUAAGUAUGAUCUCAAAACAAUUUACUGGAAUUUCAAACUCAUCUUGCUAUGUUACCUAAAAUUAAAUGGCUUGCAGAUGAUUUGAUUUGGGGGGAAAAAAAUUAAUCGGAACUGCGACUACCGUGUAUGUCGUUACAUUGAAACCCAUAAAAUAAAUAAUUACUGCUUUCCUAUGCAGCGUUUUACUACGUUUUUCACUCAGUGAUGACUAUCUUUUGUUGGGCGCUGAAUGUGCCUUAUUUCCAGCAGGUAGCUAUUACUUAACAUUACCAUUACCAACAUUGAACCAUACCUUUCUCUGCAUUCACCUUGAAAAGUUAACCACCCUGCUUUCUUCAGCGCAAACGCCACCAGCAGCCUUGCCUGUCUGUCACCUGACCUCUACUGGAAUGUUCCACCACAUUGCAGUUAUAAGCCAAGCCAGCUGUGACCAACACUAGCCACUCCUCCAUUAACAUGGCGCCUUAGAAGUAGCAGGGCCUUUUAGCGGGUUCUUGUAGCAAUUAGAGAAUGAGCACAAAAAGGUGUGAAAUGUGCAUUUUUCAACAAAUAGUUUUAGUCAAGCUCUACAGAAAAAAUUGUAAGUUGGUGCGGUUGAGAAUAUCGCUCAGUAUGAUUUCUGCUCACCAGAGGCUUAGCUACACUGUAUUUGUUUACCCUGACGUGAGCGAGUGAUACCAAUGCAUAUAAAUGCUUUGGUUCAAUCUUGUUUCAUCCUGUGACCAAGGAACUCUGUUGAAGUGAGGAAAGGCGCUUCAUUUCGUCCGCCACAGCAUUAUCUAAUACAGCGGUGCCUUGAGAUACAAGUUUAAUUUGUUUGCUCUUAAAGCAAAUCACUCUUCUCUCAAAUCAUCUGUCCUCAUUGAAAUGAAUGGAGAUGCCAUUAAUCUGUUCCAGCCGUGAGAAAAGUAGCACUUUAUAAUAUUAUACUUUAUAAAAAGACGUAAUGAGAUAAAAUGAAUUACAAUGAAUUAAACAGUUUAUGUCACACUUUGCAUCAAUUGAAUGGCCAAUGCUCCACUGCCUGCCUUAGCCACCUGGGGACAGUAUAAGACAGAGAGACGUAAAUACUGUAUAUGGACGUCUGUACAGAAUAGACGGCUCAGCUCCGCGCAGAAGAUAAAAAAUAACAGGCUGUGAUUACUGUUAGAUGGCUAAAUGUGUAGCUGCACCAUUUGUGUUCAAAUAUCUGUUGCUUAAAGGGUUAAAGGCUAAGCAAUGUGAUUAUUUUAAAUACACAGUAUGUAAUUCUCUUAGUUUCAUUUUUAGUUUCACAGUGAACUUCAA